AUGGAAUCUGGAUCACAUCUCAGCAAUCACAAAAGGAUACCAGAGGAGCCCUUGCGGAAAUCGGCCACGUUUUGGUUCGACGACGGAAAUGUCAUUUUGCAGGCUCAGCAAACCCAGUUUCGCGUUCACCGUUCCAUGUUGGUGCGCCACUCGACCGUCUGGAAAGAUAUGUUCGCCGUCCUACAACCAGAAGGGAAAUCUGGCUCCGAGAAUGAUUGCCCUGUAGUGCAUCUCUCAGACAGGGCAUCAGACGUCGAGCACGUCAUGGCGAUAUUCUACGAUAACUUGAAGACAUUUAAACUAAAAGAGCGUAUUCAAUUCUCCCAGCUUUCCGCCAUGCUUCGCAUGGGACACAAGUAUCAGAUUAAGCACCUGUGCGAUGCCGUGAUGAAGAUUUUGCGCAAGGAUUUCCCUCAGUCACUGGACCUCUGGGACGUUGCAAACCUGGCCUAUCAAUUCUCGCUCAAGACAAUAAUGCCGUCAGCGUACCUCGCAUACAUUGCCACUACCAACCUUAAAACGAUACUGUCCGAUGCGUCUCUUCAUCCUGGCGCCCGCACGGCCGCCAUCCUAGGUCGUGACCAGCUAAGUCGCUGGAUGCAUUUCACUAAAGAGAUAACAAGGUCCCAAUUCGCAGCCUCCAAAGUACGCGGCGACUGUCAGGACCACAGGAAGUGCGCGGCUGGGAGGGAAAUGAUAUUCCUGGGUUUGUCACUCUGGGAUGAUGAUGACGGGCAUCUAACCCGUUUGGUUCCGCUGGCUGACGCGAACGGCUUUGCCAUCUGCAUUUCGUGCUCUGCUGCCCUGCGGAAAACUCAUGAGUAUAUUCGCUCUGGAGCGUGGAGUUUGCUUCCGGACUUCUUUGAUGUCUCGCCCCAGUGGGCAGAUUUGAAGGAUUUUGAAAUGUAG